AUGACCGCGAAGGCGCGGCGGACAGUCAACCCAGGACUCAUAAAGGGAGGGCAGCAGACAGGCUUGCAUCCCCAGCCUCAAGUCUCGGAUAUUCGCACAUUACUAUCAUCCUCCCACUCCCUUCUAGCAGUCAUGCGUAGCCCCAUCAUCGCCUUCUCAAUCGUCGCCGCGACCGUCGGCCCAACACUCGUUGCCGCCAUGUCGAACUCCCCCGGGGGCAAUACCCCCAUGCGCGCUCGGGUGUCAGAAGUCAAGACUAAUGAUAACAGCCCGCUCCCUCUCGAGCGCCGGGGAGAAACUCCCUUUAACCUUAAGAAGGCGUCGCUGAAGAAUUCAGACAUCCUAGGCAGCCUCGAAGCGCCAAGAGGGUCGAACGCCAAUCCCAGCACCGAUUCCGAUUCCCUGGGCGACGCCAACACUGUGACCGACAUGGCUAACACCGCUGCCAAGAACGACGCAGAAACCUUUCAAGGCGCUCACGUCGCUCCUAGCGAACCCACCAAUCCAAACCCCGAAGGCAGGGCAGGCAGUGUACUCGAAAGGCCCCAACCAGGUAGUGGCAUGAACGGAAUAAAGAAUGCUAAUGCCUGA